AUAUAUAAAUGAACACAGAGAAGGGAAGUUUAACACUAUGAAGCACAAGCAAACAUGCUGAAAGAGGCUAAAAACCAUCAGGAUAUAAUUACGGGCUUAUUUUAUUGCAUUUGGAGCCUUACCUCCAGAUAAAGUAAUAAACUGGACUGAUGUUUUAAAUGUUGUUUACUCACAUGUGCGUUGUUAACUCUCCGGAUUUUAUAUUGCAGCACUCGUUCACUUCACAUGGAUUGUUUGUUUACAGUGUCGCGUGAGCAGCUACACUGCAGGUUCGACUUCAUUUUGCGCUAAGCAGACCUCUUGGUGAUGUCAAAGUACCGCGAGAGCGAUUCAAAGCAGAUUUCUCCAUGUGAUAAAUGCAAUCGCUCUCGCGGUACUUUGCUGUCACGCGCCUGUGGGUUCUUCUGGUGCCACACCUGUCUGCUCCCCACUCACUUUCGCGCCGCUAUGGUAAUUUGAUUUCAUACGCGAAUCGGCUCGCGCAGUUCGGCAGGAAUUCAAACACACCAAAUAUAUAGCCUAAUAUAUAUAUGCAGUUCAACCCGCUAAAAUAGCAAGUGUAGCAUGCUACUGGUCAGUGCUUUACAUCUGAAUUAUGACUAAAAGUUUGAAAUGUCAGAAAACCAUGCUGUUACGCAUCCUCAAGCUAUUUUUAGUGGGUAUACGGAAAUCCUUGACAAUUUCUAGUGGGUAUACGGCGUAUACCUGCGUAUCACGUAGACUACACCACUGGUUAUAAGGAAAUAAUUAUAAGGAUUAUUAUAUAAUGUGUUAUCAUUUUUAGGCUGGUUUUGGCUAUAAAAAUGAUGACAGAAAUGUUGAAGACAAACCUGACCUAAAGGAUAAAGAUGGAAGCUCCUGCUUAUCUUCUCUGGGUCUUUCUAGGCGUUCAAGCAUUAACUUUAGCAAAUGGAUGGACAUGGACAGAGUCAACAACAAUGGGUCCCUUUGCAUAUUCCUGCUAUAAAAGUUGUGGGUAUGGCUUUGGAAGCUGUUCAUGUGAAACCUCUUGUCAGUACCUUGGAAACUGUUGCCAUGACUUUAACAGUUAUUGCUCAGCCACAACUGAGGAGCCAGUAACAGCAACAGCUUCUCUCUCCUGCAGGUACAGCUGUGGCUACCAUCUUGGAAGCUGUUCAUGCAGAUACGACUGUCGUUACUAUGGAAACUGUUGCUAUGACUAUAUCAGUUACUGCUCAUCAACAACCGAAGAGAUAGCAACAGCUUCACCCUCCUGCAGGCACAACUGUGGCUACCAUCUUGGAAGCUGUUCAUGCAGAUACGACUGUCGUUACUAUGGAAACUGUUGCUAUGACUAUAACAAUUACUGCUCAUCAGCAACUGAAGCGACAGCAACAGCUUCACCCACCUGCAGGUACAACUGUGGCUACCAUCUUGGAAGCUGUUCAUGCAGAUACGACUGUCGUUACUAUGGAAACUGUUGCUAUGACUAUAACAAUUACUGCUCAUCAGCAACAACUGAAGCGACAGCAACAGCUUCACCCACCUGCAGGUACAACUGUGGCUACCAUCUUGGAAGCUGUUCAUGCAGAGACGACUGUCGUUACUAUGGAAACUGUUGCUAUGACUAUAACAGGUAUUGUCCAAUGUACACGACCCCAUGGCCAGCCAUGACAACAGAUUAUCAUGCUGGGUGUGGUGGACACCUGUAUGGUUCUGGGCGGUUUUCAAGUCCCAAUUACCCAAACUAUUAUUAUGACAAUGCCUACUGUGUGUGGUAUCUGUCUGCCCAGGCAGGACAGAGGAUCUUCUUGUCAUUUGCUGAUAUACAAUUGGAGCGCUGCUGUAACUGCGACUAUAUCUCUGUACAUGAUGGUUCUUCCACUGGUUAUCCAGUGCUGGGAAGGAUCUGCUUCAAUGAAAACACAAACCAAACCUUUCAUUCAUCUUCUCCAUACUUGACGGUUGUCUUCAGGAGUGACUCCUCUGUUGUGAGCAAUGGCUUUAAAGCCAUCUUUUCAAGCUCAUUGACCGCAGAUCAAGGUCGUGUGGACUGUUCCUCAGACAACAUGGUCAUUGUCAUUCAAAGGUCAUACUUGAAUUCACUUGGGUUGAAUGGAAAUGACCUUUAUGUGGAUGACAAUCGGUGCAGACCCAAAAUUAACAGUGCUGAGGUUGUGUUCCGCUUCUCUCUCAAUACAUGUGGGACCAGCAAAGAGAUGAUGAAUGGUUAUGUGACUUACACCAACAACGUGCGGGCAUCUCAGUCUCAAUCUCAAUUGGGUGAGAUCACCCGUCAGUCACAGUUUCUGUUACAUGUGGGCUGCAGAAUGGAGCCGGACACUGUUGUGCAGAUACUCUACAAGGCCAAAGAGGACAUCAAUGCUACCAUCACAGGAGCGGGUCGCUUUAAUGCCAGCAUUGCCUUUUACAACUCUAGCAGUUUCAACCAACAAAUUUAUGACUCUCCUUAUGAGGUGAACCUUAACCAAUCCAUAUAUGUUCAGGUUGUGUUAGAUAGACGUGAUGAAACCCUAGAUUUGUUCCUGGACACCUGUGUUGCAUCUCCAGAUCCAAAUGACUUCAAAAACCGCUCCUAUGACCUGCUGCGUAAUGGAUGUCCCAGAGACAGCACAUAUUAUUCCUACAUCAACGGUCAGCAGCAUUACGCUCGGUUCUGUUUCCAGGCUUUUAAGUUCCUUCGGACACAUGCCAAUGUGUAUCUGCAGUGUAAGGUGAUCAUCUGCCCUGGAACUGAUACCAACUCUCGCUGUAGACGAGGCUGCCAAAAACGCCGCCGGAGGUCUCUUGAAUCCAACCAUGACACCAACACUCUGAUACUUGGGCCAAUCAAACUCAAAGGAGUGAAGCCUGAUCUUCAAGAGCUCAAUCUUCAAGAGACUGAGACAGGAGAGUGAUUUCAACAUCAUCACCAUUAUAAUCAGUAAAAAGAAAAUGAUUAAAGCAUUCCUGAAAAUCUCAGUAUGACUGCCGUCUUUU